GUUGCAUCAGAAAAGGGACUUUUCUCUAUCGUCAUCAAUCUUCAGGUGCCUGGGUCAACACACUACAGUAUGGUAUUCUAUUUUGUGACAAAAGAGUUAGUUUCUGGAUCCCUCUUGCAACGUUUUGUUGAUGGUGAUGAUGAAUUCCGAAAUAGCAGAUUCAAACUCAUACCAUCAGUCCCAAAGGGCUCAUGGAUUGUGCGACAAAGUGUUGGGAGUACACCUUGUUUACUUGGAAAGGCAGUUGAUAUCAACUAUAUUCGUGGCCCCAAGUAUUUAGAAAUUGAUGUUGAUAUUGGAUCUUCUACUGUUGCUAAUGGAGUUUUGGGGCUUGUAGUUGUGUGUAAUUACAACAUUGGUGGUCGACAUGGCAUUUCUUGUACAGGCAAAUACCACAGAUGAAUUGCCGGAGCGGCUUAUCGGUGCUGUUCGUAUUUCGCAUUUGAUGCUCUCAUCUGCCAUUGUUCCCAAACUGGAUUCUGAUCAUGAGUGACCACAAUUUUAUUAUUCUCAGGAAAUAAUUUGUUUGUACUCUGUAAGGUGCAUCUAUACCGUUUCAAUUCAAUUUUUUUACUGGGAUGUAGCUCCAGUGUUCCCUUAUUGGGUUUUCACAUGGGAUAGAAAGAGGAAUGCUUUCCCCCUUUUGUUGUUCAUGUAAGUUGUAAGCUUUUUGAAACGCCGGAUUAUCUCAAUAUCUUGUUAUUUUGUGAACUCGU